AUGGCAAGAACCAAGCAAACCGCAAGAAAGUCUACUGGUGGUAAGGCCCCAAGAAAGCAGUUAGCUUCCAAGGCCGCCAGAAAAUCUGCCCCAUCUACCGGUGGUGUUAAGAAGCCUCACAGAUACAAGCCAGGUACUGUUGCUUUGAGAGAAAUCAGAAGAUUCCAAAAGUCUACCGAACUUUUGAUCAGAAAGCUACCUUUCCAAAGAUUGGUUAGAGAGAUUGCACAGGACUUCAAGACCGAUUUGAGAUUCCAAUCUUCUGCUAUCGGUGCCUUGCAAGAAUCCGUCGAAGCUUACCUAGUCUCCUUGUUCGAAGACACUAACCUGGCUGCUAUCCACGCCAAGCGUGUUACCAUCCAAAAGAAGGACAUCAAAUUGGCCAGAAGACUAAGAGGUGAAAGAUCAUGA